AUGAAUUCGCAGGAAUGGCCCCUAUGGUGGCGGACUUCCGCCCUCUUGAACCUCAGCUUUUUUAGCAUGAUGACCAAUGCAUUUAUUUCUGACAUCUCUCCUCUUUUUGGCCUCAUUAUAGCGGACUUCCAUAUCACACCCAAUGACGCAGCUCAACUUGCAUCCUAUGCCGUGCUUACCAUAGGCGCAGCGAAUCUAGCGAUGUUCCCGGCCGUAUAUCUUUUGGGUACAAGAUACACUGUUUUGGUGUCGUUGAGUCUGUUUUUGGCCUCCAAUAUCUGGGCAGCGUUCGCAGCGUCCUAUAGCUCUCUCCGCGCCACGAGAAUCAUUGGGGGUUUUGCCGCUGGAAUUGUACAGGGUAUAGGACCAAUGAUGAUACCCCAGAUGUUCCCACAUAAUCAGCUUGGAAAGGCGAUGGCAGUGUAUGUUCUGUUUAUGUCUAUGGGAUCGUCGUUGGGGCCUACAUUUGCGGGCAUCAUUGCGGAUCAUCUGCAUGAUUGGCGAUGGUUAUUCAGGAUAACAUCAAUCCUUCUAGGAGCCAACCUCCUUUCCUGUCUCGCUAUGCUGCCAGAAACUCACCAUAACCACCGCGACCCCAGCCAAGAAAGCCAAUCCCUCGAACAGGGCAAAUCUAAUGAGGAGAGCGACCACUGCAACACUGUUGAACAUGUCGAUGAAGUUCCUCAAAGACAGCCUCUCAUCCACUUGUGGUUUGAAAGAUCAUUUUAUGUUCCGCAAACUGUUAAGAGUUACAAGCCGUAUUUCCAGUACCUGCUUGACCUGUUGUUGCUGCUUAUCACACCCGAAAUAAUUGUCACAGUCCUCAUGUGGGCGUGUACAAUUGGGUGGGUGCUGGUUGCCUCCAUUAUGUCGGCAAUCUACUAUGGUAGUCCUCCAUUCUCUUGGAGUAGCCAGGAAAUCGGUCUUCUCAACUUGGGCCCUUUUGUUGGCCUUGUCCUUGGAUUCCCACUGGGAGGCCCGGUGGCUGACAAGGUAAUUCUCUAUAUCGCCAAAAACAAGGAAGACCCUGAUCCAAGGGGUCGUCUGGUUCUCCUCCUGAUCGGGGGUAUCAUAUCCCCCCUUGGAUGUCUGCUGAUGGGCCUGAGCCUCCAAAACCAAUGGCAUUGGAUGGGCUUUGCUGCAGGAUGGGGAAUGCUGGCAUUCGGGAUCACGUCUUCCUGCAGCAUUCUACUGACCUAUUCUAUCGACCGAUUCAAGCAAAAAGCUGGACAUGUUGGACUUGUUGUGCAAAUGAUCACGUACCUUCUUUCCUUUGCCAUGACCUAUUGUACGGUCGACUGGUAUACUGCCCAGGGAGCACUGAAGCAGUUCGGAACCAUGGCUGGAAUUCUUUGGGUGUGUUACUUGCUUGGAUUUUGUUUGUAUUACAUUCCUCUUGGUACUCGCGGUUGA